AAUCAACUUUUUACUUGUAGUUUAAAUUGCCUUUAUCGAAUGAACUUUUAUUGAAUCAUUUAAGCGUGCAUUUGUAUAUUACGUAUAGAGAGAAGCAAACAUUAUUGAAAUCGAUAUUAUGCCCGUUAGAUAUCUAAUACGUUUGAUUUCAUUUUAUAAUUAUAUUUGAUCGGUUUUAAUAUUCAUAUUCCUAGGUGGAGUCGAUAAAAAUGGUACACCACUUAUCACCUUUCCCGCGGACUCGGCGGAUUUGUUGGAUAUUUAUGCUGCGGGAGACAUCUUACACCUGAUGCAAGUAUUUGUUGAUCUUUGUGCAGGACAGGUUGCGGUCGUCGCCGACCUACAACACGGAUGGACGGAGGAGUGUAUUGAGAAAUUAACGUACCUACUCGAUGAGUUACAGAUUAAGAGAAAAAGUUGUAUAAAGAUUGCGUAUUUUGUGAAGCCAUGUGUAAAAACAAAUACAAGAAUACCAACCAGACACUUAUCAGGUGUCAGAAAGAAUGGAAGAAAUGUUCCUCCCUAUGAGGUGAAAAGACUGGAUAAUGUGAAUGAACUUUACACUUUCAUCGAGAAGUCACAACUCUGUAUGGACUAUGGAGGAACAAUCCAGUAUAACCACAUAGCAUGGGUUGAUUUCCAACGGACAUAUAUACCUAUUGUAACGGAUGCUAAAGAUGUUGUAGAUGUACUGUCAAAGAUUAGGAAUGAGAUAGGCAGGCUUAAAGACCCACUGACAAAAUGUUCUGAUACAUCACAUGACAAGGAACUCUCCAAAUACCAAAGUCUUCUCGUCCAAUAUAACAUUAGAGAUAUUGCUGAAAACAUUGAAGAUGCUAUAGAAAGACUAGAACAUCCGGAAUGUGACCCAAAUUUGAUACAGACCCAUACAGCAAUACUAGAUGACACAAUUAACCAGCUGAAAGAUCUACACCUAAGAAUAACAACAGAAGUCUCAGAAAUGGAUGCUAUUAUGGCAAGAUCGGAUGCUGAACAUGCAAUUAUUAUAAAACUUGAUGAAUGUAGUAAAAAUACAACGGAGGUUGAGGAGACGAUUGAAUUGAUGAUGCAACAGAUUACAGAUUUGCCACUGGUUGGCUCAAGUAUUGAAGAAGCUCAACGCUACAGAGAUAAAUUCAUUGAGUCUGUACUCGUACCAUCCAGGGAUAUAGUAUCAUGCGCCACAUCUAUUCUUCAAGAUCUUGACUGUGGGAAGAACACUACAAGAAAAUCUUAUGCUGUUUCUAUCGAUAUAGCAAAAAGACUUACAGAGGCCCUUCAACCUUUUACGCAACACCUCAAUGUAUUAAACGAGACAUACACUCGGAUACAUUUAUUCCAUGUAAUCUGUAAUAAGACGGAACGCUGGAAGCAAAAGGCAACACGUUUUGUAUCAAAGAUCUUAAAUCAAAGACAAUGUCUAAAUAAUAAGGCUGAAAUAGGAACUAACAAUACAGGAGAAAACUUAAACAGGUUUUCUGAAAUUCAAAACAAAAUUGAAGUCAGAAAUACAGAACUUCACAUUGACCUUGAUCAGUUAAGAUCUACUGACAGUGAUGGAGUCGUUCGUGAAAGAAGCAGAAUAGCUGCUCCAAGGAACUGGAACUCCGUAUUACAAACUUUUAACAAAAAGCAUCCGCCACCAAAAAAGAAACACAUAAGACUGCUGAACAAAUUUGUUCCAAAACAAAUACAGGAGAAACAAAGGACCGAUGCUGAGGUGCUAGCUGAAAGGGUUCUUUUCAUACUUCAGAUGCUGAAGCGGACGGAAUUUAAAUGUGAAGAUAUUUCACUAAUUCAAAAGUGGUCUUCUCAAAGGAAACGGAAACAGGAAUCCAGUACAAAUAAUGAAGUGUCUCUUGUAUAAUAUCAAAUAUAGUAGACAACAGAUUGAUGAUAAAGAAUUUGUCAUAAAAUUUCAGAUUUGUUUCUUUUUUUUAUCUAAUAUAGUGACAAAUGCCAGUCUAUUUUACAGGUUUUCUCAAAGAACUGAUUGUAAUAUGACAUUGGAAAUAGGAUAUAGACUGGCUUUAUUCAGACCUUUAAAAAUAUAAAAAAUAAAAGGAAAUAUGUAUCACAGUCUAGGAGUUAGUCUAAAUAUCAUGCUUUUCUCCUGUAAACUCGAUUUUAUUGACAGUAAAUAAAAUCACAUAUAUAUUUUAAUCACAUGUGUUUUGUUGUUCUAUU